UUAUGUAUAUAUUUCACAUAAUUUUAGGAGCUCUUUCCCAAAUUAAAGUCAAGAAGAACCGCAAUUCCCAAAUUGCAGCCAAAGUUUUAAGAAUUCCCAAAGUACCGUCCACGUCACCGGUUCAGGGGGAAGAAAUUUUAAAUCCGGUCUACAGCAAAACCGCUACCUGAAGUAGCGGUUUUUACUAAUAAACCGCUACUUCAGGUAGCGGUUUCUUUUUAAUAAACCGCUACUUCAAGUAGCGGUUUUUGUUUAAUAAACCGCUACUUCAAGUAGCGGUUUUCUAGCAGGUAUAAUUUCCCGAUUUCACUUUCCUCUUUCAUUUUCGUCUUCUCACCAAAAUCCCAUCCACGCCUUCCACCAAAAUCACACCUCCUUCAACGGAAGCCGGCGCAGCCAAGGAAUCCACCGACGCCGCCGGAGCAUUCCUCAGCAACGAAGGCCGCCGCUGUUGACGCCGAGGGUUCGACUUUAGUGGUCGGCUUCGCUAAUUUCAGAAGAAACGUGCUGAUCUUCUUGUUUGUGAAUGAAACAUGGAGGUUCCGAACUACCCUCUAUAUUGCUAUUGGGGUGGAGAAAUUGUCCACAAAGAUAGCGAUAUAACGUAUAGGGGUGGGAAUCAAAAAUUUGUGUUUGUACAUUCUGCGAUGACAUAUUCACAAGUUCUGAACAAGCUAUAUGAAGAAUUGAGUGUUGAUCCUAGAGGUGUGGAGUUGAAGGUGGUUAUGCGUUAUCCUAUGGCUGGGGCAUAUGUUGCAAUUCCGUUAAAUGACGACAACGCUGUUAGAGCUAUGUGGAUUGCUGUGACUCAGAGUUCUUCUGUUGCAAUGCAAUUGUUCAUUGAACAAGUUCCAAAGGAGCCAGUUGUGCAAACUAACACUGGUUCCUUUCCGGGGAUGGAUUUUUUUGGUAGUGUGGAUCAACCGUUUUCCACUGGUGUUCAAAGUGUGGGCAUAGGGUCAUUCACAAGAAUGCUUGUUGAUCCACAUUAUGUCAAUGACCAUCUCUCACAGUUUAGGUCUCCGGCCUCAUCGCCUAAUGUUGGAACCUCGACAAGCACACAACCACAAGGCAUUCUUGAUUCUCUUGACCCAAACAAUGUUGAUGUAUUUGGCGAUGCAGAGAUGAAUGACACUGAUGAAGAUGAUGAUGAAGAGGUAAUUGAAGCUCGUAAUAAGGCAAUUAAAGGAAGCGCCCCCACUUCAGACUUCAAUGAAGUGGCGCAAGUUGAUCCUCGUUUGAAUAACUCAUGGAUGUCUUGGUUAGGAAAUGAGACAUAUAACAAUGGGGGAGAAUUUGAGGUUGGUCAGCAGUUUGACUCAUUGCAACAACUGAAAGAUGCUGUGAAAUCUUACUCCAUAGCUAGAAAUCAAACAAUUCGAGUUGUGGAGGCAGAGCCAGAGAAAUAUGUUGUUGAGUGCAAGAGGAAAGAACAAUGUAGUUGUUCGUGGAGGCUUAGAGGAGUGAAAGAUCCAACACUCUCUACGUUUAAAAUUGUGAGGUACAACGGCCCUCAUGCAAGUAACUGUGUUGGUGACAUCGACUCGGGAGAUCAUAAGCUACUGACUUCCGAGUUCGUUUGCAAUGCUCUUCUAGAUGUCAUUCGCGUUGAUCCUUCAUUGAAAAUCAAGACAAUGGUGCAACAUGGGAUGCUGUGUCACUCUACUACUUGCCGUUCCUUCGAGACUGGGAGACAGCUUCGAUCUACAGCUGGGGGAGUGCGACGUUUUUUGUAUCGGCAGCUAUGUCGAGCAUGUCAGCGAGAUUCAAGACAGAUUGGAGGCCCGCUCAUCCUACUACAGUUGUGGUCGUGGGAGCAUAUUACUAUUGGCCGACCAUACAUUAGGAGGCCUCGAGAUCCGCCACAGGAGGACCCUGAGGCUGAGGAUGAGGAUGACAUUUUGGGGACUCAGCAUCAGCGAGGUGUUGACCCUUUGGCGUGCAGGUGGUUACGUGUCCAUCUAUCGUGUGCGCAUACUGCUUCUGGACUACCAUACUACAGAGAUGCGUUUGACCAUCAGCGCGAGGACCAGAUGAUUUGGCAGCCAUAUACUGAGGCGGUGAUGGAUCGACUUCCGGAGAUUUGUCGCUCAGACAUGCACAUUUGGCGUUCACGGGCACCUCUGAUAUGCUUUGACGUCGUUGAGUUCCACCUCCCAGACCGAGUCCUUCGUCAGUUCGGGUUAGACCAGCCGAUCCCACAGGAUGUAGACACGGACGUUGCUCUACACAGGAAGGAUCGAAGGGGACAGCGUAAUUGGGAGAUUCGGCAUUCGGACCAUGUACACGAGUGGAGUCGACGAGAGGCAUUAGUCGUCCAGGGAUACCCGUUCACUGGGACUUCUUCCCCGGCCAUGACAGAGUACAUGGCUUGGUACCGUCGCAUCACGAGACUGGUCAUUACUCCACCUUCGCAGGAGCGCCCCCCGAGUCAUUACCAGCCAGCUACCUCUGACCUCCUGCUUGCACAUGCAUUUGCUGAUUUGCACGUCCAGCUAUCGGGAGCUACUGAGACCAUCUCCCACUUGCCACCAGAGACGGCUAUACCAUUUGCCAUACAGACGAUGCAGGGUUUUACAUCAUUUUGUGGCCAAACCUUGUCUAGGGUGGGGCAGUCACACCUUAUUCAGCAGCCUCGACCGUCCACGUCUUCAUCUUCUACUGUGCACACUAUGCCGAUCAGACCACCACCUCAUCGUGGAGGCCAUUCAGCACGUGCCUUCCGUCCACCGACUCCUUCUCAGCAUACUAUCAUGACAUCUCCUCCACUAGUGCAUCGCCAGUAUCAGAGAAACCGACGGCGUAGCAACACUACGUCUGGGGUUGGAGUUGGCCUGGAUGACAUUCCAGAGGAGACAGCUGCAUCAUCUUCAUCGUCACCUCAUGGGAAGAAGCAACGCCCGAGCUAAGUGUAUAUUUUGGAACUAAACUAAUUUUUUUGUAAAUGCUUAGAAUUGGAUUUUGUUAUAUUUAAUCAAUUGAAAAAUAUUCGACUUUGCAA